AUGGACGACGACAGCGAAGGACAGCCGCCGAGCCCGGUUAGCGGAGGUGCAGGCUGGGGUGGGACGGCAGCAAGAAGGCGCCCGUUCGAUUGGCCGUCGCCAGUGCUGGGUGCGGAUUGCAGGGAUGCCCCGAUUGACCCGAACAAAACGUGGGUUGGCAGGGGUUUAUUCGACGAUCAUGGGAAAGAACUGGAUAAGCCGAUCAAACCUUGUCGGGCAGGUAUCAGGAUUGUAUCCUUUGGGCCUGAAUCCUCUCCGUUGCUCAUAUCUACAGAGAGAGCCGGGUUGAGGGGUGUCAUCGCAGCCUCGCCAUGGCUGUCACAUGAAUGGGAGGAUGAACAAGCACAUGAUCGCAAUGCGAUGCAAUGCCCCGCGCCUGCAUGCUUUGCCCGCAUAAACUUGAGAGUCCACCUGCCUGCCUCCCUGGCUGGUGUCUGGGGGUGCAACAUCAGUCAUGGUUCCAUGUCAAGCACAGGGAAUGUUGUGCUUCCCGUCAACUUUCAAGCGAAGGGCGGGAAAGGGGAAACCAGCAGACGGGAGGCAAAAGAAGCAAAUCCAUAUCGGUGUUCCAUUCCAUUGGCUGCAGAAGACGGAUCGUCGAGAAUAAUGUUUGCCAAGUUAUCAUUCGGGGCGGCCCGUCACCGAUCAAGGCGCGAGUGCCGGGUUGGGGGAUGGGUUGGGCAGCCAAAUAAGAAGCCGGGCCAUGGGAAGCUAGCGGGAGGUGCCUCCAUCCAAGACAGCGUCCAAUGCAGCGCCAGCCCGUGUGAUUUGCUGGGCGCAGCCGAAUUUCGUGGUGGUUGCCUGAUACGGACAAGAUGA